GCCUUUCUUUCUCCUUUCUCUCUCUCUCUCUCUCUUCAGCGUUCUUUUCCCUCUCCGUCUCCCUCUCCCUCACCGCCGCUCCUCUCCCCUCCACUCUCACCGCCAUUUUCCUUUCUUGAUCAGUGUGUUUAGAAUUGCAGAGAAGCUUCGAAUUCGAGUAAAAUGGCGAUGACAGUGGCACAUCAGCACAGAAAGAGUAGCAGUGAUAGCAUCAAUAGGCAUCUCGAUGCCGGAAAAUAUGUCCGGUACAUUGGCGAGCAGGUGGAAGCCCUCGAAAGGGUUUAUGCCGAGUGUUCGACGCCGAGCUCUUUGCAUCGGCAGCAAUUGAUCCGCGACUGUCCCAUUUUGUCUAACAUCGAACCCAAGCAGAUCAAAGUCUGGUUUCAGAAUCGCUGGUGUUGAGAGAAGCAACGAAAAGAGGCUUCUCGGCUGCAGACUGUGAACAGGAAAAUGACGGCGAUGAACAAGCUGUUGAUGGAGGAGAAUGAUCGGUUGCAGAAACAGGUGUCACAGUUGGUAUGCGAGAAUGGUUUUAUGCGGCAACAACUGCACACUGAUUCUAGUGCUGCAAAGAUGGCACAAAGCAAAUUGGGCGAAAAUGUGAAGAAGUUGCAGGAAAGAUCACGGAUAAUGUUGCGGUUUGCUGAUUUGCUUGAGAAGCACAGUGAUCAUAUUGCGGUUGUUGAAACUUGGGAUAAUGGGAAGCCUUAUGAACAGGCUGCAAAUGAAGAAAUACCAUUGGUGUGGUAA